AUGGCCCCUCAGAGAUACGCAGCGGUUAAUUCCCAUGAUGACGACGACUUCCAAUCUCCUAUAUCUCCAGAUUUGCGUCGCCAAAUUCCCUAUUCUCCUCCGCCUUCCUUCCGAUCCCGAACUUCGUCUCCUUCUUCACGACGACUAUUAGCACAGGAUCCAUUAGCGCACGAUCCCGACCAUGACCUUCAGGACGCUUUCGAUGAUGGAGAGGCUUCCGAUGCAGAAAAUGAUGGCGAUGACCGACAACGAUUGAUGAGGGCCGAACCAGCAACCCCUCUGCCCCCGACCACUGUGGAAAGAAGAGUCACCGAACUUCCUGCAUUCAGACCCAUGCCAUCAUCUGCUUCAAGACCUACUGAUGGCGUAUUUGCAAACCUCUCCGCCAAACCUGAACGCGGCGAACAACUGGAAGAGAAGCCUCCGACAUAUGAACAAGCUGCCGCCGAUGCUACUCCCCCGUAUUGGGAAACCACCAUUCUCGCUCCUGGGAUGUCCUCUGAUGAAGUCUACGUUGAUGGACUUCCGGUUGGCUCCGUCUUCUCCUUUGUCUGGAACGGCAUGAUAUCAAUGUCCUUUCAACUUGUUGGUUUCCUCCUCACAUAUCUUCUCCACACAACACACGCCGCCAAACACGGCAGUCGAGCCGGUCUUGGUCUGACACUGGUGCAAUACGGUUUUUACAUGAGCGGUUCAGAUAGCGCGAACACAGACACUGGAAAUCCUGGCCAAUUCUCAAACUCUUCGCCUCCCGAUCCAAACAGCCACGAUUUCGACCCUAAUAACGUCGACUCUUCCGGUUCUUCCUCCGGGAACAACGGAAUUGGUGGCUUCACAAGCGCCGAUUGGAUUUCUUAUGCCUUGAUGAUUAUCGGUUGGUUUAUCCUGAUCCGUGCUGUUUCAGAUUUCUUCCGGGCUAGGCGUCACGAGGCUCUGGUCCUGCAAAGUCCCAGUCGUGGCCUGCCUGUGGCUGUCAUUGCUGAGGGCGAGACUCCCGAGCAGGCGGCCUGA